CACGGCGCCGUUCAUAAAGGCGAAAUAGACCUACCAAAGUGUGUAGUUUCUGUGCUUCCAAAGGGUUCACAGUUUUAUACUCAAACAUCCGGUGACGUGACAUAUUUGUUCCAACAGUUAAAUUUGUACCGGGCGCUAUUGCGCAAAAACACCUAUAACGGCGUGGCAAGACUGGCACAGUUAGUUCAUUCAUUUAUAUGCAUUCAUACUAAUUGGAAGACCUCCCGGCGGGAUGCUUAUUCGCUUGCAGUAGAUCAAGCGUGAAGAAAAGAAAAAAAGGAAUCGGAUUAAAUGUUAUGAAAGUUUCCAGCGCUCCUAUAGUUGUAUGUUUUAAACUGCAAGUUGGUCAUUGCUGUAAAUAUUUCAUACAAUGUCAAAAUCUGUUCUUCAAGCAGUAGGUUGGGUAUUUUCCUUGGGGUGUUGUGGCGCUACUAUUGGUGUCACUUUGUCGCAUAAAUGGAAGAAGAAUACUGUGGAAGGAAUUCAUCAUUCAGUGUUAGAUUCUGUGUCAAAUGUCGCAGGGCUUUGGGACUUUUGCCAGGUUUUUCCUUCAGGCCAAACUCAGUGUUGGCCGAUUGCCGCUACAUCUGUUCCAGCGCUUCUACUUUUCUGUCGCAUUCUGAUGAUAUUUGGCAUACUGUUGGGGUGCGUGGCUGGAUUUUUGACAAUCUGUUCCUUCAAAUGCACAACUCUUGGACCAGAAGCACGACACGCGAGAGAAAAACUUUCCUUGUAUUGUGGGUUGAUGAACUUGUUGUCGGGAAUCUGCGUCGUGGUAGCGACCUCUAGCUACAUUUAUGAAACACUGAACACGCCACCUAGUGUCGACCCAAGAGGUCAAUCUGUGAUGAACGAAGUUAGCGAAGCGGCUCAGAUAUCUUUGGCGUUCAGUAUAAUAUGGUGCCUUGCGUCGGUCGUUAUGAUAGCUGGUUCAACAACUACAGCAGAACCAAAAGUAAAAUAUCAUUACCCAACCAAACCGAUUCCAAUGCAAGAAUAUGUAUAAAUAAAGCUGGGUAUAACUCCUUAUAUCGCCAAUACAUAAACGGUUGCGACAGCACGACGCUGAACAUUUUCAAAAUCGUUUCAUUUUUGACGUUUGUCUAUAACGUGGCUAAAAAAACUUGACGCAAUAAAGAAACGUGUAGCCAUA